AUUACGUCACUGCGUGUCGGUGACUGCAGUGCAACCCACUUUAACUUAUUUGUGUAUACAUUCAAAAAAUAUUUUCACAUUUUUAAAUUGUUACAGAGAGACUUUGUGUAGAAGAAAUUAACAUGUCUGCACCAGAAGCGGCACCCCCAGCAGAGGGGCAAGAAGGGGCACCUACUGGUGAAGAACCUAAACCACCUAAUCCACAGCAUCAAGCUGCAUCCAGAAGGAUACAACAGACUCAAGCCCAAGUGAAUGAAGUUGUAGAUAUUAUGCGUACAAAUGUUGAAAAAGUCUUGGAAAGAGAUCAGAAACUAUCAGAACUAGAUGACAGAGCAGAAGCGCUUCAACAAGGGGCUUCACAGUUUGAGCAACAGGCAGGAAAAUUGAAAAGGAAGUUCUGGUGGAAAAAUUGCAAGAUGAUUAUCAUCAUGGUUGUAAUUGGAGUGGUCAUUGUUGGUGUUAUUGGAGCCUAUCUUUACAUGUGAUGCCUGCAAAAAUUUUAUUUCCUUGCUGUCUCUCGUGGUUUCACCUUUACAAAAUUUGUAAUAUUAUCUACAAUGGGACUUUGAACUAGAAAAAAUUACUUUUAUUCAAAGUACUGUAGUUAGAUUCAAGACAUAGUAGUCCAACCUUCAACCCUCGCAAGCUUGCACAUGUGCUCAAGACUUUCCAAAUCUUCAGUAUUUGCAUGAUUAUUGGUGUUCAAUCUUUGAG